AUGGCCGACGGUGAUGUGAGGAAGGGGACAGUGAAGUGGUUCAGUGAACAGAAGGGCUUCGGGUUCAUAACCCCUGACGAUGGCGGCGAGGAUCUGUUCGUCCAUCAAUCGGCGGUCAAAUCCGAGGGUUUCCGAAGCCUCGCCGAGGGGGAGGCGGUCGAAUUCGUCGUCGAGCAGGGCAACGACGGCAGAGACAAGGCGGCGAACGUGACCGGUCCAGGCGGCGCAGCUGUUAAGGGAGGCAGGGGCGGCGGAUCUUACGGAGGGAGAGGUGGCGGGUACGAUGGAGGCAGCAGGGGCGGCGGAGGGCGAUCUGCGGUGAGGCUGGGCAUAUGGCAAGGGACUGUUCCCAGGGAGGAGGCGGGGGAGGAGGGAGGUACGGCGGCGGCGGCGGAGGUGGUUGCUACAGCUGCGGUGAAGAAGGGCAUUUUGCUCGUGACUGCCCUACAGGCGGUCGUUGAUAGUCUCCGAUGA